UGUCGACAUUCAUCACAUGGCAUUAUCUUUUACUGUCUGUGGGAAUUUUAUUGUGAUGCGAAGUGUGCUGUUUAUUGCCUUACUGUAGUUCUGAAUUGAUCAAUUCUAUAGCAAAAACCAAAGGAAACCUUCUGAAGAAUGGCGCUGUUCUUGAUGAAUCGGUAUCUUGGGGAUGAGGACGACGACAAGAAUGCUAAGGAGUUUCGUUCCAAACUCUUGCUGGAAAAGCUAAAAAAACAGGCUAAAGAGAGGGAGCAACAGGCUCUGUGCAACAGAACAGAUGGUGUUUGUCUCUCUGUAACAGAUACAAAUAAAACAAAAGAAGACUGCACAGACAAGAAAGAGGUAAAAAGGAAAAGGAAAAAAGCCGAAGAUGCCGAGGAACUGUCCUCAAAUGCUAAAGUGAAGAAGUCGAAUAAGAAGUCCAAGCCAUUGAAACCUGUAACAGACCAAGCAGCAGACAAAGAGGUAUCCAGUGAAUCUGAGAGCAGCACCGAUGAAAAACAGAACAGGAAAGACACAAAUGAAUCUGAGAGCCAGACUGGUACCUCAGCUGAGCCCAAAAGUUCAUCACAGCCCAGUUUCCCCAUCCUGGGAGGAUUUGAGAAGAAGGCUGUUCAAAAGGUUUAUAGGGUCUUGCCACAGUGGCUGGCGCAACCAGAUGUGAUUCAAAAGGAUAUUAAGAAUAACCUGAUCCCCACAACGUUGGUACCAGGAAUUUGCCCCAAACUUCUGAAAAGAUUGGACAAGAAUGGGAUUGAUAACUUCUUUCCUGUUCAGGCUGAGGUGAUUCCUGCUAUUUUGGAGAGUGUUUGUCAUGGGCUGAUGAUGGGGAGAGGGAGCUACAGACCCAGAGAUAUCUGUGUGUCAGCACCCACAGGCAGUGGCAAGACACUGGCAUUUGUCAUUCCAAUCGUCCAGGCUUUGGCAGAGAGGGUCUUAUGUCAGGUCCGGGCUUUGAUUGUGCUGCCAACAAAGGAACUUGCACAACAGGUGUAUAAAGUUUUCUGUAUGUAUGCUGAAGGCACCAACUUGAAAGUGGUGAUGAUUGCUGGCCAGAAGUCUUUUGCUGCAGAGCAGGCAUCUCUUUCAGAAAACAGAGGCGGGCUGGCCUGCAGUUUGGCUGACAUUGUCGUGGCGACCCCAGGCAGGCUGGUGGAUCAUAUCAACAAGAACGACGGUUUCAGUUUGCAGCACCUACGAUUCCUUGUAAUAGAUGAGGCGGACCGAAUGAUUGACAGCAUGCACCAGUCAUGGCUCAAACUGGUCACUCAAGCAGUGUAUAAGAAGGGUGCUGAUGGGUCCAUCUUCGGGAGGAGAAAACCAGGAGCCAUCACAGCAGCCAGCUUGUCUCCGCCCCAGAUGCCUCUUCAGAAGCUGCUGUUUUCUGCCACCCUGACCCAGAACCCCGAGAAACUCCAGCAGCUGGGUUUACACCAGCCCCGGCUCUUCAGCUCCAUCCACAGCGGUACCUCCACGCUAGAGGCUUCUCAACCCACGGAGAAAUUCAACCUCCCCGAAGGCCUCACGGAAUACUACAUCCCGUGCACUCUGUCCAAGAAGCCCCUUAUCCUCCUUCAUCUGCUACUACGUCUGAAGUUCAGCACUGUGCUGUGCUUUACUAACUCCAGAGAUGCUGCACACAGGCUGUUCAUGCUGGUGAAGCUCUUCGGAGGGGUUCAGGUUGCAGAGUUCUCCUCACGCCUAAGUCCUUCUGAGAGGAAGAAGACCCUGAGGGAUUUUGAGCAGGAGAAAAUUCAGUUGUUAAUAAGUACUGAUGCAGCUGCCCGAGGGAUUGAUAUUCAGGGGGUGAAAUGUGUUUUGAACUACGAUGCACCUCAGUUCAUCAGGACCUACAUUCAUAGGGUUGGCAGAACUGCAAGAGCAGGGAAAUCUGGAAUGGCAUUCACAUUCUUACUUGGAGUUCAGGAGAAAAACUUCCUUCAGAUGGUGGUGGAUGCAGGCAGCCCAGGGGUACAGAAACAGAUCAUCCAAUCAGAGAGCCUGAAAAGCAUGGAGGCCCAGUAUGAACAGACUCUGGUGGAUCUGGGAAAUGCUAUCAAGGAUGAAAAAGCAAAGAAACGUAUGACACUGUGAUGCAUCUGUUUUGUUUGAUGAUUAUUUGUAAAUAAAUAAAUAAACUUCAUUUAUGUGUC